AUGAUACUGGGUCAACAGUAUAAAGGAGAUGUAAGUCGUGAUGACAUUGUUGAUGUAGCGCUGCCCAUUCUUAUAAUAAAGUGCCCUCACCCCUACAAGCAGCGUGCCCUCACCCCUACCAGCAGCGUGCCCUCGCCCCUACAAGCAGCAUGCACUCACCCCUACAAACAGCGUGCCCUCGCCCCCACCCGCAGCGUGCCCUCACCCCUACAGGCAGCGUGCCCUCACCCCCCACCAGCAGCGUGCCCUCAACCCUACAAGCAGCGUGCCCUCACCCCUACAAGCAGCAUGCCCUCACCCCUACAAGCAGCGUACCCUCUCCCCCACCAGCAGCGUGCCCUCACCCCUACAAGCAGCGUGCCCUCACCCCUACAAGCAGCGUGUCCUCAUCCCUACCAGCAGCGUGCCCUCACCCCUACAAGCAGCAUGCCCUCACCCCUACAAGCAGCGUGCCCUCUCCCCCACCAGCAGCGUGCCCUCACCCCUACAAGCAGCGUGCCCACACCCCUACAAGCAGCGUGUCCUCACCCCUACCAGCAGCGUGCCCUCACCCCUACAAGCAGCGUGUCUGUUUUUAAGCGCUGA